GUGUUUGAUCAGUACUUAAAUUUAACUUUUUUGGAAGAUGAAAUGUUUACAGUGAGAAAUCAAGACAGAGAUUCAAUAUCAUACUAUGCACUUAACAGACCAGAUGCCAAAGAUACAGACAUUGAAAUGCUAAGAGAUGUUUUAGUGGACAGGCUCUUUAGUGUACUGGUGUCUUUAGGGACUAUCCCAAUAAUUAGAUGUGCAAAGGGCAAUGCUGCUGAAAUUGUAGCAGAGGGGCUGGAUAAAAAGUUGAGAGAAAACCUAAGAGAUUCUAGAAAGUCUGUUUACAGCAGAUAUUCCAUCUGACCAGUUCAGUUUUCAGCGACCAGUGCUAGUAAUUUUGGAUCAUAACAUGGAUCUGUGUACCCCUUCACAUCACACAUGGACAUACCGAGCUCUUGUGCAUGAUGUCCUUGUA